AUGGGCCAUCACAAUAUCCGUUACGACGGCGAUCCCUAUUCACUGACGGGAGUUUGGGGCCCGCCCAACAGUCGCGCAAACUUCUGUGAAGAGGACUACAUUCUGACGCGGUUCUUGGCUGAAUUUGUGAACUCCUUGACGAAUCUUGCGUAUGUAUAUCUUGCUCUUCGAUACAUGUAUGGCCCUGGAAGCCGUGGGUUGUUAUCACCAAAGCUGGAUUUUAUGAGUAUCUCGCUUUUGAGCUUAGGCUUUGGGUCCUUCUUAUUCCAUGCGAGCCUCCGUCAAACACUGGAAUUCGCCGAUGAGUUCUCAAUGCUUGGCCUGACCUGGUCAAUGCUACAAGCCACUCUCACGCUACGACAGUCACCUUUAAGAUCCCGAUCCAUUUCCAUUGGCCUUGCUUUUGUCUUUAUCACUUUUGCAGGCUUUUACAUCCAGUCGCCAAGAAUCAUCUACCAGGUAAUUGCUUUUGCAACUGGGAUACUGCUGGUUAUCUUACGCACGCAGUAUCUAUACCAUUGGCUCCAGCCGGCGCCGUUUGCAAAGGCUAAAAGUCGUGAUUGGAAUUCGCGAACCUGGAAAGCUAUAGGCGUUUGCCUGAUUGGCUAUGUCCUAUGGAAUAUCGACCUGGAAUAUUGUGCCACGCUUCGAGCCGUGAGACGGCAAGUCGGGCUGCCUUGGGCUUGGCUAUUCGAGUUCCAUGGUUUGUGGCAUGUUCUGACGGCUAUUGGGGCCAGUCAAUUCAUGAAUGUAGCAAGAGAGAUGCGAGAAGAGGUAUACCUAGAGAAGAAGGACAAGUAA